CACUCGCUCUCUUUAACCCCUGGGGUUCCGCAAGACGCGGAGAGGCUGCGGGAGAGUCUCCUGAGGGGGAGGCGGUCCAGACGUGCCCAGAUACAGAAAUUCGAAGCCAUUUGAAAUCUUUGUAAGGCAAAAUUUUCUCUUGGAGGAAAAAAAAAAGAGCAGAAUAACUUUUCUCUUUAGGUAAAAAAGAGCGGAAUAACUUGGAGGGAUCAGAGUCCUGCAGCACCAAAAAUGCUCCUGUGAAGGAAAAGGCAUCUGGAGACCCAGAAGAGUCCUUGGAGCCAUUUGGAGUUGCUCUGCAGGAGAGAGAAAGGAUGGAGACACAACUUUUGGGAAAGGAGGGAGCCGGAAAAAGCCCUUCAGCUGCUCAACCUGGAAAGCUCUGGACAAGGACUGGGCAGAAGAUCCUGGAAGGGGAAACCAUCCUUCCUUCAGAAGUUCAGCCCUGGACCAUCAUCCAAUACCGGGAGGCUGAGGGUCCCCGAGAACUUUGCAGCCGACUCCAUGACAUUUGUAGGCGAUGGCUGAGACCAGAAAAGCACACCAAAGCCCAGAUGCUGGACCUGGUGGUUCUGGAGCAGCUCCUGGCUGUCCUGCCCCCAGAGAUGGAGGGCUGGGUGCGGGAAUGUGGAGCAGAGACCAGCUCCCAGGCGGUGGCCCUGGCUGAAGGCUUCCUCCUGAGCCAGGUGGAGGAGCAGAAGGAGCAGGUCGAGUUGCAGUGCUGCACUUUGGAGAUCAGAGAUCCUGAGGGAAAGAAGAAUCCAUCAAAUCCCAUUCAGAAGCUAAUUUUCAGGAGGAUCCCUUGGGAAGAUCAAAGUUGGAAAACUGCAGGAGAGAAACAAAGAAUGAAGUUUUCUGCUUUUUACGAUGAAGCUCAAGCAGUGGUUGAACUUCCAAUUCAAGAGACUCUUGUGUCCUUCGAGGAGGUGGCUGUGUAUUUUUCUGAGGAGGAAUGGUCUCAGCUGGAUCCUGACCAGAAAGCGAUGCAUUCAGAAGUUAUGCUUGAAAAUCAUAGGAAUGUGGUCUCCCUGGGUAAUAACGGGCAGGAGAAUCAAGAUUCCUGUGAACUGUUCCAAGGGAUCAAUGCUAAAGAUAGAACGGAGAAGUUUGGAUUUCGAAUGGAAUUUGAAAGCCAUGAGAAAAAACAGUCAAAUAAUUGGAAUCAGGAAAGCUCAUAUUCUACUGAUGCUCCGACGCAAGACUUUCUUGCCCAACAAGAGAAAAUAAGGAAAAAAUAUAUUGGGAAAAGUGUGAAGCUAAUCAAAGCUAAAUUACAUGUAGACGAACACUAUUUAACCCAAAACAAAUGUAGAGAGUAUGAUAAUAGGUUCAGAAGUGGUAGUAAUCUUAUUUCCCAUAAAAAGAAAUCAUAUAAAUGCAUGGAGUGUGGGAAAACCUUUACUCAUAGCAAUGGACUUAGAAACCACAAAACAAUCCACACAGGAGAGAAACCAUAUAAAUGCACAGAGUGUGGAAAGACCUUUACUCUAAGCAAUAGACUUACUAUCCACAAAAAGAUCCACACAGGGGAAAAGCCAUUUAAAUGCAUGGAGUGUGGAAGGACCUUUGCUCGAAGAUGUAAUCUUGUUUCCCAUAAGAUGAUCCACACAGGCGAAAAGCCAUAUAAAUGCAUGGAAUGUGGAAAGACCUUUGCUCAAAGAGGUAAUCUUAUUUCCCAUAAGAUGAUCCACUCGGAAGAGAAACCAUUUAAAUGCAUGGAGUGUGGAAAGACGUUUACUAACAGCAAUGCUCUUACUUCUCAUAACAGAAUCCACACAGGAGAGAAGCCAUAUAAAUGCAUAGAAUGUGGAAAGACUUUUGCUCAUAAUAGUAAUCUUACUUCUCAUAAAAGGAUCCACGCUCAGGAUAAAGCAUAUAGCAAUAGCAACUCCAGUUUAGAUUUAUAUACCAGUCCACAAAGCUUUAUAGCGGUCUUUGAGCAGUUUACAAAGUCAGCAUAUUGUCCACAGCAAUCUGGGUCCUCAUUUUACUGACCUGACAAAGAUUAAAGGCUGAAUUAACCAUGAACUGGUCAGGAUUGAACUGACUAUGGGCAAUUCGCUUUUGGUACUGCAUUCUAACCUCUGACCCACCAUGUCUAUAGAUGUUUAUGUGUACAAAUAUUGUGCCUUUCAGAUCCAACUGAGACAAGGUUGAAUCCAACAAAGUGUAAUUUGAUGUGGAGAAAAGCAAGGUUUUACAUCUGGGUGGGAAAAUAGAUUACAUGAAACCUGGCUCAAAAACAAUAACUGUAAAAAUUUUCUUGUUUAUGAUUUGGUGCAUAUAUUGCUACCAAAAGUAUUUGUUUAUAAUUCAUUGUUACCUCCACCAUCAAUAUUCUCCCCUCUUCAUCUUCAAAAAUUUGUCUUGCUUUUAUUGUUUCUUUAAUAUAUAAAACCACGGCUCUUUUCUUUUGUUGUGCUAAUGAGUAUAGUUUCCCAAUUUUAGGAUAUUCCAAUAAUUUAUUGUGGUGGUUUUUUAUGUGAACCUCUUGAAGACAAAUAAAAUCUAAUUUUAACUUUC